UCCGUAUCCCGCCUCCCGCAGCCUCCGCCAUGGGUCCCGAAGCGUUGCAGAAGAAGUUCGAAGACGAAGUUGAGACUUAUAAGAAAUUACAGAAAGAUCUGACCAAGACCAAUGGCUUGCGUUCCCAGCUUGAUGGACAAUUGAAUGAAAAUAAAGUAGUUAAAGAGGAGCUUGAUCUUAUUGAUGACUCAGCGGUUGUGUACAAGCUUAUUGGACCUGCUCUCAUCCGGCAAGACCUGGAGGAAGCUCGGCAGAAUGUCAACAAGAGAAUAGAUUACAUACAGCAAGAAAUAAAACGACAUGAGAAUAGCAUGCAAAAGCUAGAGAAAGAAGCCGAGGGGAAGCGUGACAACCUGAACAAAAUCCAGCAGCAGAUGCAGCAGUUGAUUCUCAAAGCCCAGGUUCCUCAGCAGAAGAAGUGAAGAGUUCCUUUUUUCAAUUUUUUACUUCUUUCUUUUCUCUUGAAUGUGACUCUCACUUGUCGGACAUGAAUUUGUUACUGCUGAAAAGAGUAAGGAAAAAGAAACUUGAAAAGUAAAACAGGACUUCUGUUGAAAUUGGAAUACUUUUGUGAUGGAUGACUUUUUUUAUCAUUUUUGUAAAACCUAAGAAUUGCCUGAUUGCUUACAAUUUUGUGUUACUUGGUUAUAUUACAUGCAUCCUGUAAGCAUUUAGAAACAUUGUAACUCACUCUUAAAUAACUUUCUAAUUGUCAAUACUGUAGACGGUAUUUGCCCAAAUAAUUAUUGUUUUAUUUGUGUUGAUUACCAGCAGCUGUGCACACCAGUGAAUUAAUAAAAUGCUCUUAUCCCACACAAUGUAAUUUAACUGAUAAGGAUAAGGAGGAGGACGACAUAUUCAUCAAAUGUUAAUUGGUUGCAUUUCUACCAUUAUAUGUUGCACAUUUCCCUUUUCAUUAACGAUCAAUAUAUGCUUUAAAAGUUA